CUCACUCUGAUAACAUGGGGCAGCUUAAUAUUUAGCCCAUACACACAUACACACACACACACACACACACACACACACACACACACACACACACACACACACACACACACACACACACACACUCACUCACUCACUCACUCACUCACUCACUCACUCACUCACUCACACUCACACGUACACAUACGCACACUUAGGAAAGCAGAGGGAUUACAAAGGCACAGAUACCCAUAUGCUGCCCUGGGAUGGAGAAUAGAAAACUAAGUACAAGGAGAACACAAGGUAGCUGCGACCAAGGGGCCAGUGUUGAAAAUGAAUCCCCAGCAGAACAACUUGGCAGCAGCUCCAGUCGUCCUCUCUCUGCUCUGGUCCGUCUCUAUGUCUAUGCACUGCACGGCUGCCUAUGUGAGGUGGCCUUCACUGCCGUGUGCGACUGGUGCAGCACCAGAGACCGGAAGCUGGCAGGUCACAGCAGCCUGUGGGCGCUGCCCAUGUACGCCAUUGCAAUCUACCUCAUGGAGGGCCUGAGAGCGCGGCUGCUGGCUCAGCGUCAGCCACUGCCUGUGCGUCUGAUGGCCUACACCCUGUUCAUCUACUUAUGGGAGCUGAGCUGGGGAGCAGGGCUGGGGCUGCUGGGGGCCUGUCCCUGGGACUACUCAGGUUAUAGGUACAACCUGGGAGGACUGGUGACUCUGGAGUACGCACUGCCCUGGGCUGUGGCAGCUUUUACAGCAGAGCAGCAUGUGAUCAAGAACACUCUGCGGAUAAGACUGCACGACUGAACUGGUAUCUGUCUGGAAUAGUGUCCUUUCAAAGACAGGAAAACAUUUAUGGACAAUGUUUUAGGAUAUCAAAGGGACUUUUUGACAAUUUAGGAAAUAACCCCAAUCGGGGUUUUUUUUGCCAAGAGAAGGGUAUGAAAACUGGAACCACUGUCAUAUCUGUCCAAAAUGUCUUCAACAUGAGGCUAUUGCCAGUAGAUGGUUCAUUUAGUUCAGCACAAGGAAUAGGACGAAAGAGCUAGCUUGGACAAAAACAAUAAGUUGUGGGUUUAUGGGAGGUCUGUAUUGGAUCGUCUUUAGCUGGUGAGUGUGCAUUGGUUACUUCUUCCCACUAUUUAGAACUGAAGCCAAACUAUCUCAGAUACGAACGCCACCAUCUUGACCAUUUGGAGCCAUGGUUCCAUCCCCUGUGCAUUAGUAAUCAGGGGAUGGAGCCAUGCUUUUUAGGUCCCACUGAUGCACACACUUGAUUGAUCUUGAGUCAGUCUUAGUUGUCAAUCAUGGCCUUUCAACCCAUUUUUAUAGCAUCAAAUAUAUAAAUAAAACCAAACUUACCUGAAAAA